AUUCCCUCCAUUUUCUAAAUUAUUCUUUCUCCAAGACAGCAAGCCAACGUUCAGUCAUAUUUUAUUCAAAAUAUAUAGCUAACAGAUCUUUAACAUACAGCAGCUAACAAAAUUAAGACCCAUCAUUUUUUUAUUUGCUUCUUCCGAUCAAACCAUGACCUUUAGCUCCGACGGUGAAAACUUCUGUUACGACAGGUUGUUGCUUGAUCCAGAGGAAGCAAGUUUUUCCGAUCUUUUAUACCUUUUAUUUUCUUCUGAUAUAAAGAGUCGAAGAUUUGUUGAAUGCCCAGAGGAGCAUAAAUUCAGAAAUUUUAGCGAUCGAUGGCUCAUCUUCAUCUCCAUUAUUUUUCAGAAAAUCUUUCUGUAUAUAAGAAAUCCUUUAGCUCGAAUAGGGCACGCGUUAGAGACGUGGCUAAAUCUUGUCGCGAUCAACGGUGGGAUUUUCUUGCUUUUGAUCAAGUUCUUGAGAGGAAAUAUGGUGAGAAUUGAUAGAUCAGCAGUAAAUUUUAGAUCGUUGAUUGGGAACUUGGAUCAAAGAGUAGAAAUGGAUGGAAAUAUUAAACCUGGAAAUAGAAAAUAUAAGUCGCAUUUGGCUUUGAUGGCUUCUAAAUUAUCAUAUGAGAAUGAAGCCUGCAUUAAAUCUGUAGUCACAGAUCACUGGCGUAUGGAAUUCUUGGGAUUCUACAACUUCUGGAAUGAGUACCAGAAGAAACCGUCAACACAGGCUUUUAUACUUGAAGACAAAAAAACCGACCCUAACCUAAUAGUAAUAGCAUUCAGAGGCACUGAACCAUUUGAUGCAAAUGCGUGGCUCACUGACGUUGACCUCUCCUGGUAUGAGCUACAAGGCGUCGGCAAAAUCCACCGUGGCUUCAUGCACGCCUUAGGCCUACAAAAAGAUGGCUGGCCAAACGACGUCGCACCAACAAAUUUAUAUGCAUACUACGAAUUCAGAAGAAUGCUCAAGGAAAUAUUGAGCAAAAAUGGAAAUGCUAAGUUUAUAGUGACGGGGCAUAGCUUAGGUGGCGCGUUGGCGAUUUUGCUUGUGGGUAUUUUGGCCCUGCAUGAAGAGGGUUGGUUGCUUGAUAGAAUGGAAGGAGUUUACACGUUCGGGCAGCCGAGAGUUGGCGAUAGGAAAUUUGGAAGGUUUAUGGAAGAAAAAUUGAAGGAAUUUGAUGUGAGAUAUUUGAGAUAUGUUUACUGUAAUGAUUUGGUGCCUAGAUUGCCUUAUGAUGAUUCGGCUCUCUUGUAUAACCAUUUUGGACGAUGUCUCUACUAUGAUAGCUUCUAUCAUGCCAAGGAUUUGUUGGAAGAGCCGAACAAGAAUUACUUCAAUUUGUUUUGGGUUAUACCUAAGAAUUUAAAUGCCUGUUGGGAGUUAAUUAGGGGUUUGAUGAUGCCCUGCGUUGGUUUGGACUACAGAGAAGGGUGGUUUUUGAAAGUGUAUAGGUUAAUUGGAUUGGUACUUCCAGGAUUAUCAGCUCAUGCUCCUCAAGAUUAUAAUAAUUCUACUCGAUUAGGAUCCUUACCUCAACAACACCACCAAGAUUAAAAACUCUCUAUAUCCUAAAUGUCCUCAGUCCUACAGAGUUUUCAUAAAUGUACUAGAUUGAAGAUUCGGUUUCUUUUAUUUUCCUUCAGUCAAAUGGCAUAGCAAUCAUAUUGUUUUAUAAUAUCAAAAGUUGCUCUUAGUUAUAUCAUUCACUCAAACAAUCAAAAUAAAAAGUUGCUGUCGAA